GUAUGGCACGAACCACGGGAUUCGGUUCCCUAGGAUGCUUAGCUGGACGAGCAAAGGCGAUAUUGGGAAGAAAGACGUCAGCGCAUUAUUUUCUAGACGGAAUCUGGAAGUGGUGAAGGGGCUACUUCCACGGACAGAGGAGGAGGCAUUUGUGAGGACAAUUUCUUACGAUGGUGUGGAGAACCUGGUUGAUGAUGUUGUGGAUGACACAGAGGCUGAGGCAGGUAGUCAGGUACCAGAGACUCAGGUCCCAGACACUCAGGAAAGAGACACUCAGGCCACUGGUUCAGAACCUCAGCCCAGUGCACCAUCUUCAUCAGGCGUUCGGGGUGCCGAGUACACUGAUUUAGUGGCUCGGUUGGAUAGGAUCGAGGCUGACACUCAGGGUCUGUAUGCUGCUCAUGUCGAGCUGAAGAAGGCAUACGAGACCAGCCAUGUAGAGCUGAAGGGUGGUCAGAACGUAAUUAUGGAGCAGCUCAGACACAUAUUGGCCAUGUUGAAUCGUCCGCCAACGACAGCUUCAGCACCGGAGGCCCCAGCAGAUCCAUCUACCCCACCACCAGCUGCUUCACCCCCAGUAGAAGAGGAUGAGGUCUUCCCCGACGAUUACGAUCCUUAUGAGGGAGCUCCAGCGACUCCGAUCGAGGCACAACCUCUUAUCCAUGUACAUGACACCGAGUCGCAGGGUGAGAUUCUGUCCAUAGAGGCACAACCUGCAGUGGUUAAGAGUCGGAAGAGGAAGAGAAAGCCUCCUGUAUGGUUCGGUGACUAUACGGAGAUGAAGAGGAGACAUAGGCCAUCUUCGACUUUUGAUCCCCUGGAGCCACCGGAUGAGAAAUUGUUAACCACUUUCCGAAAGUGGUGUGUUGGACUCAUUCCGAACCACCGACUUCGGGAUUUGAGAAGUGGUGAUUACGGUCCAGGAUUCUUUUGGAUAAUGCUCACACCAAAGGAAUGGCUUACAGAUGACCAUAUAGAUGCAGCAAUGCAUAUGCUGAGGAGGCGACGCACCGACUAUCCACUGACAUUUCCUCAGAAGGGUAUCAUUCUCUCCACAUUCGUGACCGCCAUGAUCAGCAGUGCAUGGACGAGCCACAAGGGUCCGAGGAAAAACUUUAAAUGGGAGGAUUAUAUCCUGGACUACUGCACAGGGGCUCAUAAGUCCCAAGUCUUUGAGAGAUGGAGGGGUAACGAGUUUAUUUACUUCGUUCUGAACCUUCCCACGGCAAGGCACUGGGUCACAGUUGAAGUCGACAUAGAGCUGUGGAAAAUUAAUGUCUACGACUGUGAUUCCAGCGUCUGUCAUUGGACCGCCUUGGAACCCAUCAUGAAGGUUUGGGCAGAACUGCUGCCCUCGCUACUCCUUGCAACCGGGGAAUUUCCACAUAACAACCAGAUCAUGGCGUUAGCUAACUGUGACAUCACGGUGCUUCCAAAAAUGCACGCGACUCGAGCCACUCACGACUUAGUUCCGAAGUCAGCAACCAGUGGUGAUUGUGGCGUGUAUUGCAUUGAGUAUGUGGAGCAUCUCAUGAUGCAGCGUGGAUUGACCGAUGUGACGCCAGACCGGAUAGCCAUGUUUCGUCAACGGUGGUGUGUCGAUUUAUUUUACCAAAAUGUCGGCUGAUUAUAUGUGUAAUUAUUGGGACAUUGUAUAUUUUGUGUAAUUAACAUUACAGUUAUGUAUAUAUAGAUUUUCUUUUCGUUCAAA